AAAAAAAAAAAUAUUGUAAUCGCCAUUCUAAGCGUAGAGGCCGAAGUCUUCAGGUUUACUUUGAUCUCCAACUAUUUGCAGCCGGAGACUAUUAUGUAGUUGUCAGAAACAUCGCUCAACUUUGCUUUGAUCUCCAACUUCCUUUUAGCAAUAUUUGCUUCUUGGGAGUAUUCCGUAGUUUGCAGAAGCAUCGGCCGCUCAACGGCAAGCAACGAUCACCUCCUGAUUCACUUUAUUUGGAGUUCUUUUGGCUUGCAGAUCUGAAAGAAGAACAAGGAUCUGCGGCUGCUCUCUUCUGCAAUUAAUUAAAUGGCGUUCCUACUAACAGCGGGGGGAUGGUUCGCGCCGUUCUUCAUCCAGAACUUGGUCGAUAAGGCCAGCAACAAAGCCAUCCAACUGUUUGCCGAGGGCCAGGGUUUCGAGGAGGACAUGGAUAAGCUGUGCACGUCGCUGCUGAAGACUCAAAUCAUCCUUGACGAGGUACAGAGUAGUGGGAGCAACAACACCAAGUGGAAGACAUUGAUGCAGGAACUCAAGGAUGCUGCUUAUGAUGCUGAGGACUUGAUAGAUGAGUUCCAAUACCAUGUCUUCAAGAAGAAGAUCAAAGAUGAAGAAAAGUACGAGGCAAGUGGCUCCAUUGGCCUUCCAAACAUUUUGUCUAGAGCAAAAAAAAAGUUGUUUGGGUCUUCUUAUUAUAUGAGAGAGAGAGUGAGGAGGAUUCAAGGAAAGCUGGAGAGAAUUGCUAAUAGUAUGGAGAGCAUCAAGAAUGUGUUACCACGAAAUGAUAAAGGGAUGCAACCUGAGGUGAAGUUUCAGGCCAGAGAAUCAUGCUCUUCCCCGGUGACGGACAUAUUGUUUGGCAGAGACAAAGAACUGAACCAAGUAGUAGACUGGUUGUUGGGGUCAGCUAGUCAGGUGGAACUUGAAUCUGGAUUUGCCAACGAUACUUUCUCCGUCUUGCCCAUCGUCGGGAUAGGAGGGGCUGGAAAGACUACUCUUGCUCAGUAUGUGCACAGAGACGACAGAGUUCAGGAUCAUUUUCACCUCAAGAUUUGGAUCUGUGUGUCUGACAAUUUCACUGUACAGGGACUCACUAAAUCUAUAAUAGAGUCAGUAACUCUACAAAAACAAUAUGAUAGUAUGAGGUUAGAACCUCUUCAAAAAAUACUCCAGCAGCAUAUUGCGAAAAAGAAAUUUCUGCUUUUUCUUGACGACGUGUGGAGCGAUGAUAAAAGUAUCUGGGAGAACUUCUGUGCACUACUCAAAGUUGGAGCUCAUGGUAGCAAAAUCAUUGUUACUACUCGAGAUAUGAAAGUUUCUAAAAUGGUUAGCCUGGUGGAACCAAUCUUACUCCAUGGUUUAGACGAAGAUGCCUUUUGGCAAUUGUUCAAUAAAUGCUCAUUUGGCACACUCAAUCCUAAAGACUAUCCGGAGCUAGAAAACAUUGGUAGAAAGAUUGCUCAUAGGUUGAAGGGCUCACCAUUAGCUGCAAAGACACUUGGCAGAGUUCUGCAAUCAAAUUUGUGCCAGCAACACUGGGCCACCGUAAUGGAAAGCGAUAUAUGGAAAGUAAAACAAGAUGAAGAUAGCAUUAUGCCAGCUCUGCAUUUAAGUUAUCAAUAUCUUAAUGAAAAUCUGAAGCAGUGCUUUGCUUUUUGCUCACUGUUUCCUAAAGACUACGAAUUCAAUAAAGACAAAUUGAUUCAAAUGUGGAUGGCUGAAGGCUUCAUCGAAGAUAAAAACACAAAUAGGAUGGAAGAUGUUGGAAGUGACUAUUUCCUUGAGUUUGUUAAUAGGUCGUUCUUUGAAGAAUUCGGAAAUUAUGGAUUAUAUCACUUUGUGAUGCAUGACCUUAUACAUGAUUUAGCUGAGAUGAUUGCUGCAGAAGAGACAUGUAGGAUUAAAAGUAACGAACGAAGAAAGAUGCUUGCCACAGUUCGGCAUCUACGAGUAGAAGAAAGAAUAUUACCGUUGGAGUUCUCUGGAUUCGACAAGUUGCGCACCUUGGUGUUGAGAAAUUCACCUCCCAAUAGCCUCUUUGGAAAACUAAGAAGCAUUCGCGUUCUGGAUGUAAGUAGGUGUCACUUCCGGGAGUUAUCUAAACAUAUUGAUAAAUUGAUUCACCUCCGUUACCUUGAUUUAUCAUACAAUUCUGAAAUUAAAUUUUUACCUAACUCAUUAGGCGACCUUUAUAAUUUGCAAACACUGAAGGUAAAAGGUUGUUCUAAACUAGAGUCUAUACCACAAGAAUUGGGUAAGUUGGUCAAUUUGAGACACAUUGAUGCAAAUUGCAAGUUUUGGGUGAUAAUGAAGGAUGUACGGAGACUAACUAAUCUUCAAGAAUUGCCAACAUUUCGUAUUCAAGAGGACGAUGCACACAAGCUUGGACAACUAAAGGAUAUGACACAGCUUCAUGGAACACUUAGUAUUCAAAAUCUUGAGAAUGUUGUCGAUAGCAAAGAAGCACAUCAUGCUGAGUUAAAGAACAAAGUCCACCUAAAAGAAUUGGAGUUGGAAUGGAAUGAUGAGAAGGAUGCCAAGUUGGAAGAGGAAGUAAUUGAAGGUCUGCAGCCACACGAAUCACUAAAAAAAUUGAGAAUUAGAGGGUACAACGGAGCUAAGUCACCUAGUUGGUUGAUGCCAAAAGUUCUAUCGAACUUGGAAAAACUUGACUUAGAAGAUUGCAAGGGAUGGGAUGAUGUUCUGCCAUUUAUUGGUCAACGUUUGCAUCUGAUUAAACUUUACAUGAUCAACAUGCCUGCUUUGAAACAACUGAGUCAUGAAUUUGAAGGCAAGUGUUUUCCAAAGUUGGAAGUGCUUUAUUUAUUUGAUUUGCCGGCAUUGGAGGAGUGGUCUUGGACCGAGGGCAGAGAUCUAUUUCCCUGCAUGCGUAAACUCUGUGUUCAAAUAUGUCCAAAACUAAAGAGAUUACCUCCCUUCCCUCCUUCCCUAGAAAAAUUGACAAUAGUAAGGUGUCCCAAGCUCAUAUUAAAUAGCAAAACGGAAGAUGACGAGGAAGGUGGCCGCCAUUUCCCGCCCUCACUCAAGGUAUUGGAAUUGAUCAACUGUGGCGAAUAUGCAAAACUUUUGCCCGACUGCUUGCACAACCUUUGUUUAGUUACUAGAUUGGAAAUAGGCCAUUGUCCACACAUAACGUCUAUUCCUCUGGUUCAAUUGGUAGAACUGCAAUACUUAAACAUCUCUAACUGUGAUGAGUUGCGAAGGAUGGAGUGCUUAGGACUCCUUAUAUCCCUCAAGAAAUUGAAGAUCGUAGGAUGCCCUAAGCUGGUUCAGUUGGAUGUAGAAGAUGAGCGAGCACAGAGCUUGUCAUCUCUGCUUAAAUUAUGCGUGGACAACACUGCUCUGCUUAAAAUGUUUCCUCUGAGAAACUCACUGUCAUUCAUCACAAAACUUCAAAUUGAAUCAUGUUCUGAGGAGGUGAUAUUUAUAGAGCCGAUAUUGGUGCGAAGCCUCACUGCUGUUACAUCUUUAAGAUUCAUUGAUUGCGAUAAACUGCAAUCUCUUCCAACUGAGCUGCUGCAUUGCCUUCCCUUCCUAGAAAAAUUAGUGAUGUAUCACUGUCCACAGCUCCAAUCACUGCCAGAGAAAGGAAUUCUUCCCUCCCUACGGAGAUUAAAAAUAGACGACUGUCCACGGAUCCAAUCACUGUCAGAGAAAGGACUUCCUCCCCUUCUCGAAGAACUAAAUAUAUUUGAUUGUCCACAGAUCCGAGCGAUGCCAGAGGAUGGGCUUCCCAUGUCACUAAUUUUUUUCCAUUGCUUUGGCGAUGUUCAUCCAACGCUGAAGGAGCAGUCAGAAAAGUUCUACGCGGAUAGAAAAAGGAGAGUAAGUACCCUUGACGCCAGUUAUUUUCAUGUAUAAAGAGCAUUUAUUUUGCAUUCCUUCUAUUGUAUUUUUAGUUAAUCUUGGCAAUAGAAGAAUACUCUCUUUUCACUGUGCAAAAGGCGGAUCCCGCCACCCAGCGGCCCCCUAGGCCUGGCCCCACAGGGAUCCUAGGAGGAGGUAAAUCAGCGGUGAAUAUUGGUCCGGGUAAAGCGUGGUGUCUCCGGAAUUUAAUAGAAUACUCUCUUUUCACGUAUAUACGAUUCAUCAACUUUUUUCUUUGCCAUACAAUUUUUUUUUUCCUUUUGUCCAAGCUCCCAAAUGUCUUUGCUUUUUUGUUUAGAUCUUUGAUAAUUAGCAUUAUUUACAUUGCUCAUUCUUUUUUUUUUCUCUUGUAUUGCAUGUAAUUUACACGGUUAGCUUACGACGGCAAGGUUGGAAUUGGAAUGAGAACGUGGACGGUUCAAUUAAUUAUCACAACAAGGAUUUGGUUCUUCAUGGGCAUAAUGUGCAUAAGACAAAAGGUAAAAAGCAUCUUUUGGAGUUUGCUAAUAAUAAUAUUCAAGUGAAGUGAUGGCUUAGGCAUAUGUUCCCAUGGAAAUAUAUGGUGUCUUUAGAAUCACUUCCUAGGGAACAAAAUUUGUUUAUGGUGUAUCGGUGUGGAUUUCUAAUUUAUUUAAUUUUUUACUGUAUCGUAUGAGCUUGCAAAAUGAAUACUUGUAGAUUUUUU